AUGACCAACUCCUCUCCUUUGAGGAGAAGUCAACUCUUAUCGAGCCCCGACCGAAAUUAUCUGUCCAAUUUCCUCCUGGACGGCAGAAAUAAUGAAUUGAGCCAUCGCGAUGCGCUCGCCGCUGCGCAGGUGGAACACGACCGUGUUAGAGAAGCUGCUAUCAGGGUAUAUGAACUGCACGAGCUCAAAGAGGAGCACAAUCGCAUACUUGAACAGGGUCGCAGGGAACAGGAGAGGCUAAAGGCAGAAGCAGCCAUUGCGGCAGAGGAGGCCAGACUGCAGGCGCUUAGAGCCAAAUCGAUACCUAAACCUCCCCCGCCCAAGCAAGAACCUGAGCCAGUCCAACCGGUCGAGAAGCAGAUCGAGAAGAAGACGGAACCUGCGGCCCCUAAAUCUCCAGAAGUGAAGAAAUCUGAACCUGCGCAGCGAACGCAGGCGAAAUCCCAGCCGCCGCCGGCAGCCGCACCUCAGAAAAAUGGAUUGUUCUCCAGUUUGGACAGACCUACGCCCAGUAACCCGUUCGCAACCGCUACUCAACAAGGCCAAUCUCAACAACCAUCCCCUUUUAGUCAGAAUGAGACACCGGCAGCGUCAGCAAUCGCUCCGCAAAUCCAACAACCUGUUGCACAAACACAGACGCCACAGACGCAGCGGCAGGCAGCGCCUUCAUCAAAAUCUCCCCUUGACCCUCUAUCUGAUCGAUAUGUUCAAAUCCACCAGGCUUUGAAGCAGCUUCGAAAAGACAUCGUAGCAGCGUCAAAAGUGGCCGGGUCGCCACUCAAGGGCAAGGUUGGCACCAUUCGACGAGAGAUUCGUGUUUCGAUUGGACAAUUGACUGGUGGGAAGGGAGCCAAUGCUCAACCCACGAGCAAAAUCAUGGCUCUGUUGAGACAAUCACUAGAUGGUCAGCUACCUAGUCCACCAGUCGACGUCAGCCGCUUUGUAGCUGUUCCCCGCGAACGUUCCAACGAAGACGUGCCAAACAACGAUGCAGUUUUACCAUCACUAUUCAUAUAUCUCAUGAACAUCUGCGCCAAAGGCAUCAUUAGCCAAUUUAUCAAUGAGUGUGGAGCAAACCCCAAGGCUGCGGACCCUAUUGGCGUCUUCACCGCACAAGUUUUCUCCCACAAGGACUUUUCGUGGCGUGGCCAGUCCUUGAUUGAUAUUCUCCUAGCGAAGUUUAGAGUCGUUUGUCCCGUUCUCUUUGGAUCAAGGGGCAACGACAAGACAGAAAGAGGUAGACACGCACUCGGAUGGAAGAAGGAUGGGCCGACAUGGCUUCCUGAGCAAAAUCACAAUGAUAGAAUGGCUGGCCUAGGGGCCGGGUUUGCAUCUAUUUCCUUACGAGACUUCAGCAAAGCAUCCAAGAAGAAUCCCUACCCGCCAACACACUACUGGAAGGCGUUUGCCAACAUAGUCAACUGCCCAGCAGCCGAGAUCUCCAACACACAACUGGUCGUAUUGCGAUCCAUGAUUGACGGCCAUGAACAUCGGUUUCUCAAUUUUUACGGCAAUGCUGCUAUUGCGGCAUUGCAACUGGCGUUGGUGGAAUUUCCCAAACGGGCACCCGCAAAUUCAUCCGCUGCAGGGUCCCUGCGUGCUUUGGCAGAUAUUCUCCGCUCAGAUGGUGGAUUGGCAUUGGCAUAG